AUGUUCCACCUCGUCGACGCCUACGCGAUCUUCGCCAUCACCUGGGUCGCCGGCACGCACGUCACGGUGCCGGCGUUCGCCGCCGCGCCUGUCUUCGACGCGCUCCGCGACCGCCGCGUCACCGUGAGCAACGUGGCCUCGACCAUGGUCACGCUGCUCCUCGCGGACCCGGCCGUCGGAAAGGCGGACGCGUCGUCGCUCGAGAUGCUCUCCUGCGGCGGCGCGCCGCUCUCGGCCGCGACGGUCCUGAGCGCGCUCGCGACCUUCGACUGCGAGUUCUUCCUGUCCUACGGCAUGACGGAGUGCUGCGGGAAGAUCUCCAUGUCCCUCGUCGACGAGGCGACGCGCGACCGCGUCCGCGUCGUCGGCGCGCGCGACGGGUCCAACGUGCCGACCGUGGAGAAGCCCCUCGAGGCCGACGCGGACGCCGUCGACGUCGCGCCGGGCUCCGACGGCGUCGGCGAGGUCUGGAUCCGCGGGCCGACGCUCUUCUCCGGCUACAACAACAACGCCAAGGCGACGGCCGAGGCCAUCACGCCGGACGGCUGGUUCCGCACGGGCGACCUCGCCAAGGUCAACGAGAUGAGCUACCUCACGAUCACGGACCGCGCCAAGGACAUGAUUCUCGUCGGCUCGGAGAACGUCUACUGCGUCGAGGUCGAGCGCGUGCUUAACGACCACCCGGCGGUCAAGCUCGCGACGGUCUACGGCAUGCCCGACGACGCCAUGGGCGAGCGCGUCAAGGCCGUCGUCGUC